GGUUCCACCGGACUGGGACCGUGCCACCACCCAGACUGCGUAUCCUGCGCUUAGAUGAACCAUAAAACACGGCUGGUGCUACCGCGUACCAACGCCGCCGCCCGCCAUGUCUCAAAACAGUGACAAGGAGGGCAACUCCCCCAAGGAGGGCAACUCCCUCGAACCUGUCCAGCCCACCAAGAUCCCCUACUGGCGCCUCGUCAUCGACCAGGCCGGCGUCACCCCCGAGGUCCAGAACUACCCCUACCAAGGCGCCGGCACCGAAGACGACCCGUAUCUGGUGCAUUGGAUCCCCAACGAUCCGCGCAACCCCCUGCUGUUCAGCCCCGUGCUGAAGUGGUUCCUCACUCUCGUCGUGGCCAUCGCCACGCUGGCCGUCGCCCUCAUCUCGUCCGCCUACACGGGCGGCAUCAGCGAGAUGAUGGUCGAGCUGGACAUGGGCGAGGAGGUCGCCACUUUGGGCGUGUCCCUCUUCGUCGUGGGCUUCGCCAUCGGCCCGCUGCUGUGGGCUCCCCUGAGCGAGAUGUUCGGCCGUCAGAUCUUGUUCAUCGUGACCUACGCCGCGCUGACGGCCUUUAACGGGGGGUCGACGGGCGCGCACAACAGCUGGACCCUACUGAUCAUGCGCUUCUUUGCCGGCGCGUUUGGCUCCUCGCCUCUGACCAACGCUGGCGGUAUCAUCGCCGACAUGUUCCCGGCCGCCCAGCGAGGCUUGGCCAUGUCGCUGUUCGCGGCCGCGCCGUUCUUGGGUCCCGCGUUGGGUCCUGUUAUCGGCGGUUUUCUGGGGAUGAAUGCUGGUUGGCGAUGGGUCAUGGGCUUCCUGACCAUCUUCUCUGGUGCUCUUUGGAUCAUCGGAGCUAUGCUCGUGCCCGAGACUUACGCCCUAGUCCUCCUCCGCCGACGUGCCGCCAAGCUCUCCAAGAUGACCGGGAAGGUCUAUGUGAGCAAGAUCGAUCACGAUCGCGGCAAGGUCACCUUGUUCCAGUCUCUCAAGACGGCCCUGAGCCGCCCCUGGAUCCUUCUCUUCCGCGAGCCCAUCGUCCUGCUCCUCAGCAUCUACAUGGCCAUCAUCUACGGUACGCUGUACAUGCUCUUCGCCGCCUACCCCAUCGUCUAUCAGCAGAACCGCGGUUGGAACCAGGGCAUCGGCGGCCUGCCGUUCUGCGCCCUCGUCGUCGGGAUGGUCGGUGCCGUCUCGUACAACAUCUGGGAUAACAAGCGGUACAUCCUCACCGAAGACAAGCACGGCGGUUUCGCCCCGCCCGAAGCCCGCCUGCCUCCUGCCCUCGUCGGCUGCGUCGCCCUCCCGAUCGGUCUCUUCUGGUUCGCUUGGACGAAUUACACAUCCAUCCACUGGAUGGCCAGCGUGGCCGCCGGCGUGCCCUUCGGCUUCGGCAUGGUCCUCGUCUUCCUCAGCAUCAUGAACUACCUGAUCGACGCUUACACCAUCUUCGCCGCGUCCGUCCUCGCGGCCAACUCGGUCCUCCGGUCGCUGUUCGGCGCCGCGUUCCCGCUAUUCACCACCUACAUGUAUCAGAAUCUGGGCAUCCACUGGGCGUCCAGCAUCCCGGCCUUCCUGGCGCUCGCCUGCGUGCCCUUCCCGUUCCUCUUCUACAAGUACGGCGGGGUCAUCCGGGAGCGCUGUAAGUACGCCGCGCAGUCGCUGUUGUUCAUGCGCCAGCUGCAGCAGCAGCAGCAGCAGCAGCAGCAGCAAGGGGAGGAGUCGGAGCCGGAAGAGCAGGAGGAAGUGCUGGAGGACAAGGACGCCGAAAAGGAGGCCCGGACGCCGCACGGCGGGGGCGACUCCUCGGAGGCCACGGCGGCGGAAGAGGAGCCGGACCAGCCGACGUACGCGCCGAUCGGUGCGCGGGGAUCCAGGCCGUCGAGCCAGCUCUCGAGGGCACGGUCGAGGGCGUCGUCGGUGGCGGCUAGGUCAUUGUACGAGGGCAACCCGUACGAUAUUGACCGGGUCAACACGAGGAAUUCGUUUGCAUAGAAGGCGUCGCGGUAAUAGAGUGGUUUGCAUCUCCGGUGGGGGUCUGGGUUCAUCGCAUGGGUUGGAUACCA